UUUUACUGUUUAUUCUCUAUUUCCUGGUUUCUUUUUAACUAAAAGUAGAGAAGAAAAGAUUUAAGAUUUCAUAAUAAUUGUCUUCACUCUAUUUUGUAUAAGAAAGUUGAGAUUUACAGCAAAAAAAAAAAAAAACUCAAUUCUUGAAACUGGUUUCUCUCCGGUUUAGUCCGUCUAUCAGUAGAAGAGAUUGGAAAAAGAGAAGAACCCAUCCAGUGAAAUUCAAGGAUUUUGCACCACCAGUUUCAGCUUAUGAUGGAGAGUAUUAGUUGCUGCAAAUGGUUCCUGAUUCUUCACCUGCUCUUUUCUGCAGUGGUUUCCGCCAAGCACCAUGGAAAUCCUGCGAACGAGCUUGUCAAUAUCAUCAAUCAGAACCGAACACUUGCAAAGCUUCCGCAACUGAAUGACAAUGCUGGUCUCAGCUGCAUAGCUUUACAAUAUAUUGAACACUGCCAAGGAAAUUGCACCAGUAACAAUACUUUAAAAUGCAAACCAUCGGAAAAUAAUUUCACUGAAAUCUUUGCACCUAACUGCGGCGUGGAGUUACCGACCUUCGGCACCAUAACCGGAAGGAUUGUGGGAUGUCAAUCUAAGUAUGUUGAACCUUUAGAAGCAUUUUCUCGUGUCCUAGUUCGAGAUCACAAAACUUUAUCCGUCUUGAGAGAUAAAAAUCACUCCGAAGUGGGGGUCGGCUUGAUCGGAAACCACCACGGACCUUACUUUUGGUGUGUUCUGUUUAGUAAUGAUCGGAUCAACUCGACAUUUGUUCUUGACAAUGGUGGAAAGGGAAUCAAACAGAGAAAAGGGUGUUAUAGUGGAGCCAACAUUGAUUGCAAUGAGGGAAAGAGAACCAAAAUUUUCUUUUUGGUUUCCAUUUUUUCUGUAAUUUUCACUAUAUUUAUUUGAUACUUUGAUGAAACCUGGCAUUAACAGAAUUUUACAGUACUUUGU